AUGUCUCCGUCCAUGUUCAGCUUCAAUAUUGCUUUCACUCAAUCCGUGAACCCGCCAGAUCAGACCAUUGUUCUCAACGAGACGGAACUCUGGUAUGGGAUUCGACGAGGCGGCCGCAACCCCCACGACUUUGCACCAUAUGUAGCCUCGUGUGAGGUUAUAUCUGGCACAAAGAACGAGUUCCGUCGUAAGCUUACCCUUGCCGAUGGUGCAGUCCACACAGCGGCCGGUGAGGAUCUGAUCCAGGAUGUUAUCAUCGCCCCACCACUCCAUGUUGAAGCAAAAACCGUCACAACAGGCGCCAAAAGUACAUUCCUGCUAUCCCACGGCACAGCAGAGAAACAGGAUAAUGAGCGACCUGAGCUCUUCCUGACAGCCAUGUAUGAACUAAAACUUGACAGCGUUGAGCCUGGGACGCAGGCUGCUAAGGACAUAGAGGUCAAUUAUACAGCUCUGGCUAGAGGGGCUUGUGAGAACGCUGUUAAAGAUAUUCGCAAGUGGAAAAUUGAAGGAAAGCUAGCUGUUUGGCAGAAGGAAGACAAGGAAGAUAAGUAG